GGGAGCCGCGUCAGUGGCGGUGGUCUGCAGGAGCUGGGCCUGCGGCGACACCACCUCCAAGCUGGCGGCCGCGAUGGUGCACGUGCAGAAAGGCGAGCUGACUCCGGAGGAGAAGGAGCUGCUAGAAGCCAUUGGGAAAGGUACUGUUCAGGAAGCCGGGGCACUGUUAUCCAGCAAGAAUGUCCGUGUCAACUGCUUGGAUGAGAACGGGAUGACUCCCCUGAUGCACGCAGCGUACAAAGGGAAGCUUGACAUGUGCAAGCUGCUUCUGCGCCACGGAGCUGACGUGAAUUGUCAUCAACAUGAACACGGAUACACGGCCCUCAUGUUCGCUGCGCUCUCAGGGAGCAAGGACAUCACCUGGGCCAUGCUGGAAGCUGGCGCGGAGACGGACGUGGUCAACUCGGUGGGAAGGACGGCUGCUCAGAUGGCCGCCUUUGUGGGUCAACAUGACUGUGUGACGAUAAUCAACAAUUUCUUUCCACGAGAGAGGCUGGAUUAUUACACCAAGCCCCAGGGACUGGAUAAAGAGCCAAAGCUGCCCCCAAAGCUGGCAGGCCCGCUGCACAAAAUCAUCACCACCACGAACCUUCACCCUGUCAAGAUCGUGAUGCUUGUGAACGAGAAUCCCCUGCUGGCGGAGGAAGCGGCCCUGAGCAAGUGCUACCGAGUGCUGGACCUGAUCUGCGAGAAGUGCAUGAAGCAGAGAGACAUGAACGAAGUCUUGGCCAUAAAGAUGCACUAUAUCAGCUGUCUGUUUCAGAAGUGCAUCGGCUUCUUGAAGGACGGAGAGAAUAAACUGGACACUUUGAUCAAGAGCCUGUUGAGAGGCCGCGCGUCCGAUGGCUUCCCAGUGUACCAAGAGAAGGUGGUGCGAGAAAGCAUCAGGAAGUUUCCCUACUGCGAAGCCACACUCCUGCAGCAGCUGGUGCGAAGCAUCGCUCCUGUGGAAAUUGGCUCCGAUCCCACUGCCUUCUCUGUGCUCACCCAGGCCAUCACUGGGCAGGUGGGCUUUGUGGACGUUGAGUUCUGCACCACCUGUGGAGAAAAAGGAGCAAGUAAAAGAUGUUCAGUGUGCAAAAUGGUAAUCUAUUGUGAUCAGUCCUGCCAGAAAACACACUGGUUUGCCCAUAAGAAAGUCUGUAAGCAGCUGAAGGACAUGUGUGAGAAGCAGAGGUUGGAGGCUGCCAAAGAAAAGAGUCCAAAGAAGAACAAUGGCAAAUGUGAUGCCAAUUCCAGCUGUGGUGAUGAACAGCCAGCAGGUGCAUCGGGAACCUCCCAGGAGGGUCUAUGUUCCAAGGACCAGGUAGAUGGAGAGAGAGAAUCUGUUCUGAGUGAGGUGGACGUAGGAGGGGGGCAGGAUGCACCCAGCGGGCCCCAGGCAGCCGAGGAGUGAAACAGUAUGGCAGGUGUCAGCGUGGAUGGUUGUCGCCCCGGCUGUCAGCUGGAAGACUCGUGUAACUAGUGUCGUCAUUGCCCAUGACACCUGCAUGGCACCAGACGGGACUAGACAUAGCAUAAAAACUUCCUCUGGUGCCCUACAUGGCCUCGUUUCUGCUUCGUUUCUGUCCUACAACGGAACACAUAAUCCUAUGGAAAAUAUUUGCUUUCAAAAUCCGGAAAAGGCAUUUCCAGGCCCUCCAGGGAGACUGGCUCCCCAACUCUGGCUCUCACAGGGAAAGAAGUCCCCUUUAAGAAAACGUCACCACCAGGGAACGAAAGGAGAAGCGGAAGAGAUGUGCGAAGGGAGAUUUUUCCAGGAAGGAGCGCAGACAGGUUGGAAAGUCCUAACUUACGCAUGCAUCAGGCUCAGAGUAACAGCACGGCGCGGCAGCGAGGUUGUCCGUGACGCAGGGACACGGCAGGGAGCUGAGUGUUGGACAUCAGCCUGAGCCGCGUGGGCCCGGGGAGAGCAUACCUUCAGAAAUGUCAGAUCCCUCGGGAGGAAACAAGGCCUCCCCAGGAUAUGUCAGCAUGUGCUUUAAAACAAAUAAAUAAAUACAUAAAAUAGUUCCCGAACCUUCUGAUGAACUAACCCACUGAACGUACUGUGGACAGGGUUCUUGUAAAACCGGUCCCCGUGCCACCCUCUGCCCAGGCGGCUGACUCUGUCUUCCUGCCAGCUCUUCAGAGGGCUCCUCCCGUCCAGAAACUGUGACUGACAUCCCAUUUAGGUCAGGUCCCGGCACCCACCUUUAGCUGACCCGGUAUUUGAACAGAGCUGGAAGGUGCCGUACAGAAGGCAAUGCUGAGUCUCCUCCAAUUGGGACUUUUUUCGUGUGAUUUUACAAUAAAUUGUGCCUAUUGAGAUAAA